AUGCUACCCGAAUUCAUCGGCACGCCCCGCCCCACGCGCCCACAUCCCCGCAACAGCAUGCGCUCCCCCUCGUCUAUAAAGCCGCCCCUGCAGCGCGCCGCCGCCCCAUCUCUCCAUCUCGCCGAAACCCGAGUGCCAUUGUUGCCGCCGCCGAGCUCGCCGAACGCCAUCCGCCGCACCCGAUCUUCCCCUUCGCAUCUGAGGCUGUCGUCAGCUUCGCCGAAGCUUGUGGAGUCCAUUUCACAGCUCGCCGCCGGAGUCGCUGUUUCGCCAAACGCCGGUAAGACACGCCGCCACCUCGCCGUCGACAGCGUUAACCGAAGCUUCCCGCAGUCAAUUAACCCCCUCUCCGGCACCACGUGCUCCCCGGAAAGCUUCCCCUGGAAAAACCCAUUGUGCGUAAUUGCUUUAGGAGACGAGCAGUGUGCCAGCUUACAAGACCAGGCAUUCGAAAACUUUGAGCAACCUGCAUUCGAAGUCCGCGCCAAUAAGGACGGGGCGAGCAGGAAGGCGGCGCCGGCUGUCGGCGAGGCGGCGGGAAGCGUCCGGCUCCCGGACGGGGUCUCCGGCGACGCCAUCAGCGUGGAGUCCCUCCUCAACACCGGCAGGCUGCAGAGCUUCGUGCCCGUGGGGUCAGGGCCUGGGCCCGGGCCUGGGCCCAGCACGUUCACGUGCACGCUCCGCCUCAUCGGGCUCCUGGGCUUCGAGGUCGCGCUGGUGCUCGACCUCCGCGUCAACCCGGCGUCCACCGGCUGCACCGUCGAGAUGCUGUCGUGCAGGUUUGUGGGUUCAGAGUCAGUUGAGCAGCAGAAUGAACUCUUUUCAGGAUACCCAACAUUUAGAGGACAGGUUCUCAAUGGCAAUCAACUCUGGGAUCUUAUUGAAGGGCUGGAGGAAAAUGAUUUAAUACACUAUACCCAUUUAUUAACAGUUUGCGACCCAGUUCUAUGUGAUGAAGGAACACUGUAUGUUUCUCAGGAGUUAAUAUCUGUUUAUCAACAGAAGGCUGAUGCAAGCCUUACUGGACAGGCUUGUUCCCAUGCUGGGGGAGCAGCUGCUGAGAGACUACCAUUCCUGGGUUCAGCAGCAGCCUGAAGCCUCUUCCUGAGAUAGAGGGACACAGACGGCCAUCCUGUGCCUUGAGCAAGCGCUUGAUGGGCUGAUAGCGCUAUCAAAUAUAUACAGAGCUCCGGGGAUCAAUGUGCAUGUUGGCUAUAAGCAUCUUGGAUGAAAUUUGAGAAACUAAGUUAAAAUGUGCUUUGGUUUGCAUGUGAUGAGUCAUUGAUAAUAUUAGAUUUGAAAUGAUUUUGGUUGGUACGAGCUUAUUUGUGACUGACUAAAGUUUGAA